AUAAUAUUCAAGAAUCAACUGAAGCUCCACAAGACUGGAACCAGGAGUUCCUAGAAAUGAUGGGAGAGGAAUUACCUUGCUCUAAUGCAACCACAAAUAUUGAUGAGACUAUCCAGAAACAGUGGACUAAUUGGAUCACAAAGGGUCUAACAGAGGAGACUCGAAAGGGUCUUAUCAAAAAAUAUUCUAGAGAAGGACCUCUUCGCACCGAAGCACCCAAAAUAAAUAUGGAGAUAGUGAGCCACUUAACAGAAAUUGCUAAAAAGAGAGAUCAGCACUUUGCCGACACCCAAAAUUGUGUGGGUACGGGCCUGAUUUCACUCGGGUCAGCUAUAUCAAUGUUAAUGGAAAACCCCGAAGAGGGAGUUGACCACAUGCAACUCAUGAAAUAUCUGUGGGACACUGGAAAAAUUAUGACAGAUAUAUUUCAUCAACACUCAGUUGCAAGAAAGUCUUUCAUUACACCAAAUCUUGAUAAGGACAUUAGAUCUACCCUAGAGGCGACAGAUUCUGACGAAUGGCUUUAUGGUCUCAAACUAAACGAACAAGUUAAGGAUGCCAAAAAUAUAAAGAAGGCUUCAGCUUCACUUAAGGCACCAGAAAGACCACCAGCUAAGAAGCCAUACCAACCAUACCAACAGCCCUAUCACUCCUAUCAGCCCUACCAGGUAAACUGGAGAGGCCCACCUGCGAGACCCAGACAGGUGGGCUAUUAUCCACGGAGGCAAUUCACCAAUGUGAGAUACAAACCGAAGCCAUUCCAGACGAAGUCUUCACAGAAUGCAGGACGCUCCACGACACAAAAACAAAACCGUCCAGCAUCGAAGAAGUAGAGGAGCAGAAUACAUCCUCUAUCACACAAACUUUCUCUAGUGGUAGGGAAAUUAUCAGGGAGGCGUACCUGAAAAAAGGAGUUCCCGAGAUGUCGGUUGAUUUUAUUAUAGACUCAAUAGCACAAUCCACUCUUAAGCAAUA